CCGUGGCGCUGCCUGAAAUAAAAACCGUAUCCAGUCGGUGAAUGUUCUGGGUCAGUGGCUCUGCUCCCGUCCUUCAGUGGCGGAGGUUGUUCCUGUCACGCAAAGUUGCGGCCGGCGGUGGACUGUGCAUGCGGCUCCGUGCACGGCGUCGAGCGGCUCCCACUGAUUUCUGUUGAAUUUGCCCCGUGUGUUGCAGGCUGCCUGUCCGAGCUGGGAGAUGGAGUGUCGUGUGUUGUCCAUCCAGAGUCACGUUGUCAGGGGUUACGUGGGGAACAAGUCGGCAACAUUUCCAUUACAGGUGCUGGGCUUUGAAGUGGACUCGAUCAACUCCGUGCAGUUCUCCAAUCACACAGGCUAUGCACACUGGAAGGGCCAGGUACUGACGGCAGAGGAGCUGAAUGUGCUGUACGAAGGCAUCAAACUCAAUAAUGUCAACCACUAUGACUACGUCCUCACAGGUUACAGCAGGGACACGUCCUUCUUGGAGAUGGUGGUGGACAUCGUUCAGGAGCUGAAGAAGGCCAACUCCAAACUGGUGUAUGUUUGCGAUCCAGUUAUGGGAGACCACGGUGCUAUGUACGUUCCGGAGAACCUGCUGCCGGUCUACAGGGACAAAGUGGUACCAGUGGCUGACAUCCUCACACCCAACCAGUUUGAAGCCGAGCUAUUAACAGGAAGGAAAAUCAACACAGAGGAAGAUGCGAUAGAGGUGAUGGAUUUGCUCCAUCAGAUGGGCCCAGAGACCGUCGUCCUCACCAGCUCAAACCUGCCCUCCAAACACGGGGACCAGUUCCUGGUGGCCCUUGGGAGCCAGAAAAUAGUGAGACCAGAUGGGACCAACAGCAGCCAGAAGAUCCGCAUGGAAAUUCCUAAAGUAGAUGCUGUGUUUGUGGGGACAGGAGACCUGUUCGCCGCCAUGCUGCUGGCCUGGACUCACCACCACCCCAAAGACCUGAAGACUGCCUGUGAAAAGACAGUGUCAGUCAUGCAUCAUGUCAUUAAGAGGACCAUAAGCUAUGCCAAUGAGAUGGCCGGGCCCGGGAAGAGACCCAGCCCUGCACAGCUGGAGCUGCGCAUGGUUCAGAGCAAAGCCGACAUAGAGAAUCCGGCCAUCGCAGUGGAGGCCAUGGUUUUAUAAAAGUCUUCUGACGCCAAGGACAGUCAUCCUAAUGAACUGCACAUUGGUGUCGCGCUGGCCUGAGCCGGGCAGCUUCACACACGUGUCUGAUUUUUUUACAUCAUGGACUGUUCAUGUGUCUCUGCCUUAUAGGAUCUCUUAGGGAGCAUAACUAUGUUUUCAUGACUGAUGUCAGUGGGGUUUACUGUAUGAACACACACACACACACACACACACACACACACACACUGGAAUCACUGCCAUAUCUGUGUCUGUACUGUGGCCUGUGUUGAAAUAAUUUGCCUCUUGUAAGCAAAAUGGGCAUUAGUUUCAUUUAGUUUAAAGGUAAUUAAGAUGUUUUUAUGCGUGCGUGAGUCCUCUUUCACGCGGUGAAAGUUGAUGCUGUUCAAGAAAUGUUCUCAGAUAAGAAAGAAAACAUGACAAACAGUGAGCGACGCACAACCAGGCACUGGGUUUGAUCAUAAAUCACCACUGUUCUCAUGCCUCCGGCCCUUUAGUCAGCACUUGACUUCAGGUGUUGCAUUAUGAGCACAGCAUCAGCGGGAUAUAAUCACAACCUGACGUAAUAAACUGUCAUUUAUACAGAAUACAAAAGUUUCAAGGGGUUAAUGACUUCUGGUGCAACUGCAUCUUUAAUAACGGUUGAAUUCACACUCAAAUUCACAAUUAAUUAAAUUGCACUACAAUCCUCUGAUGCAUGUAAUGUGCUUAUAAUGCAUGAUGUCUGUUUGAAGUAAAUGUUGCCACCUUUCGGAUGUGAUUUACUUACGCAUCAUCAGCAGCCAGAUCCGUCACUGUGGGUUAAAAUGUGAAGCAUCUCACUGGAUGCUAUAGGAAUCUGCACCCAUUUCAGUGCUCUGAUUCAUUUCACUUUUAGACAAAUUAGUCAUAGUUCCUUAACAUUAUGACACUCACAAUGAGUUAACAGCUUAAAUUGUUUUCUUUCAAUCAUUUUAUGUCGGUGUCUUCCCCAUUUUAAAAAAAAAGAUUAGUUUUUCUCACGAUGGUAACAUGUAAGAUCAAUGUCUUAAACAUCUCAAAUUGAGGUACUUGCACAGAUAAUCUUGAAUAUAUUUAGUAAUGAUGAUCACUGUUGUCUUUUUUUUUCUUUUCAUUGUCAUAUCUCAAGAAAUUAGCUGUCAGUAUGAGAGACCAUGCUGUAUAAUGGCCUUAACAAGUUUAGGAUUAAACAGUGGUAGUGAAUGUUUUUGUAUGCCAGUGUAAUAGAGUCAGUCCUCACACACAAGUUAGAAUGUUAAGUGCCAAACCUUAAGCUGCUGCUCUACUGUAGAGCAAUACAUGAAGAAUAAUAAUAAAUGAUUAAUCUUUUAAUGA